AUGCAGGCGCGUAAGAAAUAUGUUUUGCUGGGUUUGUGCGCGUGCUGUUGGCUGCUGCUCUUCUACUGGGGCGGAGGGGUUCAGCUCCGGGUGCUACGGCUCCUAACGCGGCACCGAGGGGAGGUGGUGCGGUUUUGGCCCAACUGGACGGACCGCGCCUUCCUGCCAAGAUAUGCCCACUUAGAGGAGCUGCAAACCGACUCGGGGAUCGCGGAAUCUCCCAGGCAACGUCGGCAAGCCUGGUCGGCCAUUUACAAAGACAGCCGUUGCCGCAUGGAGACUUGCUUUGACUUCUCGCGGUGCAGGCGCAGAGGCCGCGAGGGGUUCCGCGUCUACAUCUACCCCUCGGAGAAGAACGAUCGCGUCUCGGAAAGCUACAGGAAGAUUUUGACGUCCAUCGCCGAGUCCAGAUACUACACGACCGACCCUCGCGAAGCUUGUCUGUUCGUACUCGGAAUAGACACUCUCGAUCGCGACCAGCUUUCGGGACAGUUCGUGCAAAACGUAGACGACCGCAUCCGUGGUUACCCGCUAUGGAACGACGGGAGGAAUCAUUUGAUAUUUAACUUAUAUUCCGGAACGUGGCCGAACUACACAGAAGACCUCGGGUUCAAUAUCGGGCAGGCCAUGUUAGCAAAAGCAAGCCUCAACACGGAACACUUUAGACCGGGUUUUGACAUAUCCAUACCAUUGUUCUCCAAGGAUCACCCUCAAAAGGGGGGAGAGAGGGGCUGGCUGGUGCGCAACACGGUGCCCCCGAGACGAAAAUACAUGCUCAUGUUUAAAGGGAAGCGAUAUCUGACGGGAAUAGGCUCGGACACGAGGAACGCGCUGCACCACAUCCACAACGGGAAGGACAUCGUGUCGCUGACCACCUGCAAACACGGAAAGGACUGGGAGAAGCACAAAGACGCUCGCUGUGACCAUGACAACCUCGAGUACGAAAGGUAA